CUGGCGGCAGCGGCGGCAGGUAGAAAGAUGGCGGAGCUGAGGAAAACCCGUCUGCAGCCUUUACCCUGCCGUGUCAACGACACGGGGAGAGCCUCGCUGCAGGGGAGGCUGUUCUUCUGUCUCUGUGUGCUGCUGGUGGAUUGCGGCGGAGCCACGACCCACUGGGUGGUGACGGAGGACGGGAAGAUCCAGCAGCAGGUGGACUCUCCUUUGAAUCUGAAACAUCCUCAUGAUGUUGUGAUCUUCAUGAGGCAAGAGACUCGUGUAAACUACCUCAAAAAGUUAGAGAAGCAGCUUGUAGCACAGAAAAUUCACAUUGAAGAGAAUGAGGACCGAGACACAGGAUUGGAGCAGCGACACUACAAAGAGGAUGCAGACUGUGUGAUGGCUAAGGUGCCUCUUGGAGACCUGGAUCUGUAUGAUGGCACUUACAUCUCAUUGGAAAGCAAAGACAUAGACCCUGAAGAGUAUGUUGAUUCAGGAUCUACUCUGCCCCCAGAUUUAGAAAAGCCAGACUGUGCAAAAGUGUUUGAACUACCAUAUAGUAUCCAUGCAUUCCAGCAUCUCAGAGGUGUACAGGAAAGGGGAAACUUGACCUCUCCAAUUCUUUCUAAGGAGGAUCCCAUUUUUAGUUCAUUGCCUCAAAAGCUGGGCCGUAGUGUUGACGAAGUGGGCCAUCGCAUCCAUCAAGGCCUGCUGAGGAAUUCAUCUUCCUGGGUGCUGUACAACAUGGCAUCAUUUUACUGGCGUAUGAAAAACGAGCCUCAGAAGGCAGUGGACUGUGUCGUGCGUGCUCUGCAUUUCUCCCCACGGGAGCAUAAGGAUAUAGCGCUGGUUAACAUGGCCAACAUCCUGCACCGCGCCCAUUUCUCAGCAGAUGCUGCUAUUCUGGCCCACGCUGCCCUUGACCUCACCUCAGAGCUUUUCACCAGUCACUACACCUUGGGCAACAUUUAUGCUAUGCUUGGGGAAUACAACCACUCGGUGCUGUGUUACGAGCAGGCACUGCAGGCCCAGCCAGGAUUUGAGCAGGCCCUGAGGAGGAAACAUGCUGUGCUCUGUCAGCAAAAGCUGGAGCAACGCCUGGAAGCCCAGCACAGGUCCUUGCAGCGGACCCUGAAUGAGCUAAAGGAGUACCAGAAGCAACACGACCACUACCUCCGCCAGCAGGAGUCCCUGGACAAAUACAAGCUUCUGCAAGAAGAGCAGAUCCUGCGCAACAUUAUCCAUGAAACCCAGAUGGCCAAGGAAGCUCAGCUUGGGAACCAUCAGAUGUGCCGGCUGGGUCAACAGCAGCGCAGCCUUUAUUGCCCCUUUGACCUUCCUGUGCGCUAUCACCGGGGGGACUUGUUUGAGCAUGUCCACUAUGUCCAAUUUGGAGAAGAAGUGUCCGUGGCAUCGAGUGUGGCGCUUGUGUCAGAACGCAACUCAAACCAGACAAGAAACAACCUCCAGCUCCAUCCCUCUGUGUCCGGCGACCAGGACCCUGCUGUUGCUCUCUGGGGCAGCCAUCGAGACUAUACACAGGACAUCCAGAGGAUUUUAUGGCCUCAGAGGUCUGACUGUGCUCAAGAGCACCCAGGUGUUCCCCCUGCUCAUCUGCUCCCAACCUAUUAUCUUCCACCUGAAACGCAGGGCCUCAGCCCAGCUCUUCUCUACGGGAACAGCAGUCCGUCUGAGGCUGUAGAUCUACCGGACUGUGGCACUGUCGCCGAACCACAUCCAGCCAUCCUGCCUGCUUCAUUAGACGGGCCUUUGAAGGAAAAGGAGCUGCCAGAUCACUUUGCUUCUGAGAUACUGCAGUUGUACAGUGGUGGGUGGACAUUAGAGCAAAUUGGCAGCAGGAUAGCUCAAGCUAUGAAACAAGCCACUGUAGACCGCUGGCAGGUCCACAAUGAGGCAGCUCUGUUUUGGCGGGCUAAAGGCAACGGCAGCCGUGCCCUGCAGUGUCUGCGCCAAGCACUGAGCUCCGCUCCACCUUCCCACCACCAUUUGCCCCUCACCAACGCUGCUAACCUGCUGCUGCACCACGGCUUGACCACCCAUGCACAAACACUUUUGGAGCAUGCACUGGCACUCAAUGCAUCAGAGCCUCACACCCUGUUCAGCCUGGUGAGCCUGCGUUUGGCUCAGGCCAACGUGACAGGUGCUUUGGCCUUGUUCCGACACAUCCUGGAGACGACCACUUCCUCCCCGUUUUCCUUCUCAUCCUUUGCUGGCUGUCAGCAGUGCUGUACCAGUUUACCCUUGCUGCGCUGCCUUCAGUUCUACCCCUUCCUUUACAACAUUUCACGACAACAGCUCUGUUCACAGGGCGCCGCUUGCAUGUCCGAGGAUGACCUGGGGAUGCAGCUGGAGGAAUGGGAGGGCAGUGAAGAGAAACAGGAUUCUCCUGCCGUUUCCGCCAUAGAAGAAACACUGCUCUUUGAGAAGGUUAUUGUGGACAGUAAUGGUUCCGGUGAAGCAGCUGGACAGCAGCAGCAAGUGUCUCCCUCCACCUCAGGAACAGCUAAAAUAACUCCGUCUAUUGGUGAUGGAGGAGUGGAAAAAGAAGAGGAGUGGCAACUGAAGGAGGAUUUAAUGGGAGCGUUUGAAGGAGCGCUUGAUGUCGGAGGGAAACGAGGGGACCUCCGAGGCAUCCGGGUGCUCAAGAACGAUCGUGUAAUGGGGGCCCGUGCAGGAAGUGGGCCGUGUUUUGGAAACUGUGAGGAUGACGAGGGAGCAGAGUGGAUCACCUUCCAGGUAAAGCGGGUCAAGAAGGCUAAAGUGGACGGGUCAGACAGUGUUACCAUCUCUGAUGACGCCCCCAAUGGGGAGUCACUUCCUGGAGGGCAUUCUGUACUGGAAAUCAGCGGUCCAACCAUCCCAUCUCCUGGUCCUUCAGCAGGUCGCUGGAAAGACUACACAAGUCUUGGCUGGCCGGGGCCGGAGGAGUGCCAGCGGACCCGGAGGGUUGACCUGACCACUGUCGCUAGCACUUGGUUGGCUGUUUCUGCCAAGAAUAUUGACAUUACAGAGCACAUUGACUUCGCCACUCCUCUGCAGGAGCCAGCGGUGGAACCUUUAUGCAAUGCCAACCUCGCUGCCAGCAUGCACACGCUCGACCACCUGGCAGGGGUGGCCAAUCGCGCCGCAAUCCACUACACCGGGGAGAGCCAGCUGCGGGAGGUCCUGCAGAACCUCGGCAAAGACAAGUUCCCCCCACAAUCCUUUGAGCAAGUGGGGACCCGGAUUGCUAAAGUACUGGAGAAGAAUCAGACAUCCUGGGUGUUGUCCAGCAUGGCUGCGUUGUACUGGAGAGUGAAAGGUCAAGGCAAGAGAGCCAUCGACUGUCUGCGCCAGGCCCUCAACUACGCACCCCAUCAGAUGAAGGACGUGCCUCUUAUCAGCCUGGCCAACAUCUUUCAGAAUGCUCGGUUAUGGGAGGACGCCCUAACAGUCGCCCGAAUGGCAGUAGAGAUUGCCCCGCACUUUGUUGUGAACCACUUCACCCUUGCUAAUGUCUAUAUUGCUAUGGAGGAGUUUGAGAAAGCCAUGCGCUGGUAUGAAUCUACGUUGAAGCUGCAGCCGGAGUUCGCCCCCGCCAAAGAUCGGCUGAGAACCAUUCAGUGUUACCUGCUCACUAAGAGGGAGCGCCGUCAGCCCUGAGCCGCCGCCAGUGACAAAUAGAGCAGUUUAACACAGACACUUGCACACGUUUCUGAUAAACUCAUGUGAUAUUACUUCCACACAUAUUUUGUUGAUUUGAAGGUCCGUCUUCUUUUUCAUGAUUUCCAACCAGUCCCCAAGAAUUUGGUUUUAUGUGUCAGUGCAAUGUAGAUAAGUUCACCCUCAACUGCAAACUUUCUGUCAUCCAUUUUAUUUUCACUUUUUAUUUUAUAUAGAAAUGGGUUUUUUUUUUUUUUGGUUAGGUUUGCGUGCCUUGCAAAAUGGAAGGGGGAUAAAAGUCUAUAAUGCUCUUAAAGUCCAGCUAAUUCUAGUAUCAUUUUAAUUUAAAGGCUUUUAGUGGCCAUUCUUGGAGACGCUUUGGAAUAAUGAAAUACACACUCACUGAGUGUAGGUAUGUUGUCUUAUUGUUCUUAAAAAUGACGACCACCUGAAGGUGGUGCCCUAUUUUGAAUGUAACUUAUUGAACAUUUUAACUGCACAUGAUGGAAUCCAUUUUUUUUUCCAGGGAUGGUGUUGAAUGUGCAUCUCAACUCAGAAGAAAAAGGAGUUUAAAUUCAACAAAUUUAAGCUUUUGCUGUUUGUGCUGUUUAAGAAAAAAAAUGGAUGGGAAUUCUCAGUUUUUGCACUUUUUUUUUCUAUCAUUCCUAUUUAUAAGGGACCUGCAGUUUUUUUUUUUAUUUUGUGACAAGCUAAUUCAAAAAGAAAAUGAAAUAUGCUCUUGCAUUUGCUUCUAAACGAAUCCAAAUCAUCAGAAAAAAGAUUUAUCAAUGACCAUCUAUAAAAAGAAAGAAAUGUAUUAAAUGUACAGUAUUAAAGGCUGUAUGUGAAUUAAAACUUGUUUCCCUUCAUCAUUCUGUCUCAGAAUUAAAAAAAAAAAAAAAAAAAAAAAAUUGUACUUGAAGAUUAAUUUCUCAAUAAUGGAGCUAAAAUAAGUCACCUGGUGGUGGCACUGUUCAACCACUUUUAGGCCGAUUCCUUUUAACAACUCCUACUACAUCAUCUCACACCAGCUUCCUUUUUAAUUCAGAUUUUAAUUUUUUUUUUAAAGGAGAGCUUUGCAUUUCCCUUAAAUGCACUAAAUGUGAGUGUAAAAAUGUGAAAUGGCAUGUGACUUGUAAAGACGAAAAUAUGUUACUGUUUGUAUUUUUCUUUAAUUAAUUUUCUUGUCCUGAAAUAAAAUUCAGCAAAAUAAUAUUAGGAUGUUAAAUGUAUCUCAAAUCUAAAGAGCCAGGUUGAACUCUGGCAGUCUCUUUAGACUUGUAAUAGCAUCUUUGCUCUUCACCAUCGAGCAUCUUCAGUUCAGCACAAAAUGUGCUCAUGUUCAAGUUCUGUACAUGAAGAGGGAAAUCAGAUGAAUUUAGUGUUUUCCACCACCUCAUUUCCGAAAUUGCUAGGACAGCAGCUGUAAAAUGAAAAUAGAGCAGUUAUUUAAUUGACUUGGACUUUUGAUUUCAUUGAGGGCGCUGUGAACUUUGAGGUGUGUGGGAUUUCCAAAUCGUGAAUGGACUUGUGUGCUCACAGCUGCAAAGUGCUGUACAAUGUGUUUCUCAUUUGCACUUUCACUGCAGCACUUCUUUCAUAUCCAUUCUAUAUGCAGCAAUGCUUUGAUUUGUUCAAUCAUGUGCUGGAGCUGGGGAUCGAUCUGCCCUCCUUCAAGUUGGGGAAAAGCCAACUACUUUUGUAGCGGAAGGGGUGGCGUCAGAACACUUACCGCUUUAUAGUCUUCCAUUCUUUGUCCCUGUGUAAUAUGUCCGGAAUUUAGCUUUGUGUCACCUUUUUAAUAAAUAUGUGGACAACUCUGGAAAAGGCUUGAGGCCAGUACAUGAUAUUCCCACAAAAACAUGAUCAUAAUGCACUUUUCCUUUGUAUAAUGGUCCUUUCUCGAUGCCUCUGAGCCCAGAGAUAUCUGUUUUGGCUCUUAACAAGGUUAACAUAACCCCAUCUUGGCCCCACAAAGACUCAGCCUUUUGUGGAAACCAUUUUGUAUCGGAUCAGCAUUACAAUCAGGUCCCACCAUCCCUUGUUUUAAAUGAGGUCAUUACUAUUAUUCGUUCAUCUUUUACCUCAUUCUUCUUUCAGCAUUUCCCUUUAGGGGCCCCUUCAGUGAUACAGUGAUCUAUUCCUGUUUUAUGCAUCUUCCUCUAUCACACCAAACAACUGCACAUAUUCUUUCACCACGUUCAACAAUUUCCUUUGACUUAUCCUUUCAACAUUUGCCUUAAAUCUCCUUUUUUUUUUUUUUCUUUUGAAUGUGUAGCAAGUGUGAAACUCAUGAGUGAAUCUACAUCCCGCAGCUCUAUAGAAGUUGGGACGCUGUGUAAAAAUGUAAAUA